GAGGUGAUACGAGCGGCCAAAGGACGUUAGCCCGCGACCGGCUGCCGACGCGCGUCGACUCGCUCCGUCUGUCGUCAAUUGUUCCACAACCGUGGCAGGUGUCGGUGCCGUGAUGUGUAUUCUGUGAAGUUUAGUGUCGGACUUAUAACUUCUUUCCUAUUCAUAUCGGAUUGUUCUUCAAGAUUUCACCAUGGGUGAAUCUAUGCUAAAAGAGGACCCGCUGUCGAGAAUUCAAAGGGAGAUCAUAGAAGUAACAGAGAGGGAACGGGAGUUCAAAGAGGGGCACUUCAGAAUCAAUAGACUUAUGUCUGAAUCUACGAUUGAUAUGACCAGUCAGAAUGGACAUCUUAAUGGCGAUGCAGACGAAAAGCCGCCUAAGACCCUUAACAGAGCCGUCUCCACGUCUCACCUUUUAGGUCCCAUUUCGCCCUCUCCACCCAAUACGCCUGCGCUUUUAAACACAAAUGGCUACACGCGCCGGUUUACGCCUCAAACUGGAACGAAAGGAAUUAUGCAAAGGUUUAUAGCAAACAAGGGUAAGUUACCGGUAACCUCACCUACGACACCUACUGCCGUAAUUCAGCAGCCGCUUGUCUUCACGCCUAUCACAAUCGCGCCCAUCUCCGCUCCAGCCGUGAUCAGCCGUACCCCUGAAGGAAAACCCGUGCGCAAAGGCUACGUGCCGGUAGAAGAAAAAAUACAAAAGGAACUGAGAGAGAUGAAGGACAGAGAACAUGAACUUAAGAAAAUGAGAAAGAAACAGAAACCUUUCGAUAUUGAGCUAAGCGACAACGAAACAACUUCCGAAUCGGAGGAUGAAGAAAUUCCUAUGCCGGGGAAGUUAAAAGCUACGAAAUCUAUAGGCGAGCUAUACGAGGCGCUUAACGAAGAACUGAGGUCUCCUUCGCCUAGAAAUAGUUCAGGUAACGAGUCAUUGGGCAGCUUGAAGCCGGCUAAAUCAUUGGCAGAAUUGUGCGAUCUCGGACCUGGUCAAGAAUUCAUGGCGCCGAGCUCAACGCGCCUCAUAGCUCAGUGGGAAUCCAUAAUACAGCAGAAGCAGGAAGCCGGAGCGGCCUAGUUAUAAACUAAAUGUUAACGGGAUAAAUGCGUAAUGUUAGGGCGUGUGACGCCAAAUAUGUUUCGUCAAUCAAGAUCGCUAGCGAGCGGAACCAUGAGCGCCGAGUGUGUCCGACUGUCGGUAUACUCAUUAAUGUGUAAACGUCACCUGGUGGAUAGUGUAACGGAGUGAUCGGGAUAUUUAAACCGUUUUGUAGGUCUAAAGCUUGUUUAUCGGUCAAAUCAAGUGACGGAUAAAAUCGUCUGACAUCGUCAGUUUAAUUGGGCAACAUAUCCGAUCGAUUCAUUUAGCAUUCGAUCGAAUGUGGAACAAUUAAUUUUCUCCAGAACGCGAACAAUGCAAAUGAUGGUUAUCCGUAGGAGUAAUUAUCUCGGUGUUGGAAAGCAGGCGACACACGACGCGGGUUCGUCUCCGAUGUGAGUAAGACAGUUUCUUCCUAUUGUUCGAUAUUUACAGCCUACUGAAAAAACAGUGAUGGAUUUUUUGCGAUGGCGCUUUCCCGCAACAUAGCACUGCAGCUUAAUCGCCUACCACACGUAGUGCCGUAUGAGGUCUCAAUCGACGCCGUGGGAACCAGUGCGGGUUGCUAACAACGAUAAUUGAAAUUUGUUUGUGUAUCUCCCGCGAUGUUCUCGUUUGGAACAUAAACGCUUUCUCGUUCAUUCCCGUUCCUGCUAUCAUCAGCUACUUUUGUAACAAUUUAUUGUGUAAAUAACGUGUUAUAAUUUUAUUUAAUCGUUCAAGUCAUUCUCUAAAAGUAUUUCUGACUGAAAUUAUUUUAAGAUAUGUUAAUUGUUAAUUAUUUUACUGAGCCAACGUUAACUUUACGUCGAUAUAUUUUUUUUCUGUAAAGUAAAUGAUUGCGACUGUCAGUAGUUACUUUCGAUCAGUGCAAUUAGUCGUCGAUAACUGCCGGCUUGUAUAAUUCCUAUCAAAUUAAGAAGUACUUUCACAUUAUGCAAAAUAACCGACUGUUUUGUUAGAUCCAUUUGGGUAAAACUGAUCGAAAAAUAUAAAAAUAUAAAUACAAGGCUAUAAUUAUCAAACAUUAAUUUGUUACGCGUGUCGGAAAUCUGGUAAUUAUGUGGUGUUAGUCGAUACUUAGGUUUCAAAAUAGUUAAAGCGAAUCACAUUAACGCAGCAGGACUGCCGGUGCCGGGAUACUUAAACUUCGAAUCGAUUGAAUCAUUUAAUUAAAAAUGUAUGUAUAAGAUUUCAAUCUUUUAAAUUUAAUACUAUUUAUACAAAUUCAUAUUUAUAUCUUUCGAUCAAAGAGAUAAGGUUUAUAUAAAAGCCUAGUACAUAAUAUAUUUUAAAAUCUUGUUAAAAAAUCUUUGAAAAUGAAAUUGAAAUGUAAUAUGUCCUAAGAUGCAAUAUAUAUUUAUACAUAAUACAAUGAUCCUUUUUAAUGUACUUAACCAAGUCAAUAUAUAUACAUAUUAUAUUAUAUACUUAGUAUAUUAGAUUUUAUUAUAGAUAACUAAUAAUAAAUACAUGUUCAAAGAUAGAUUUGUUAGUGUCAAUAGUAUGUGCCUUAUUAUAAAAUCGAUACGUAAUAUUUCUGCACAAUUUAGAUAUCAUUAAAUAGAUAUAAAAUUUCAUUUUUUUUUGCUUAAAUAACUUAAAGCCAUUAGUUUUUAGUUGGGCUUAAAAAGUCGCCAAUAUCUGAAUUCAAAACAUUUUUACGUCAAAAAAAUUCAACGAUAUUGACAAACUAAUGACAGUUUGCAUAAUAAUAUUAUAAUCUGUAGCGAAGUUAAAGCUUGUGUCGAUGAUAUUCUUUGUCUAUGGUAAAGCCUGACUUAACAAUUUAAGCAUAAUAUUGAAAUAGUCAAUUUAAAUUAAUGUUGUAGUUAACAAAUAUUACAAUUACGUUUGAGAUUGAUAGUUGUAACAUCCGAUUAAUGUUAAGUCUUAGUUUCAAUUCUUUCUGUCUGUGCCAGGUGAUGAAAAUUUGGCUUAUUUUUUAUUUUUUUUAUUUAUAGACAACUAACAAAUAAUGCCUUGUCGAGCUAUCGUCAUUAGUAAACAUAUAAAUAUCGUGUAACUACUUUUUACUUUGUACUUACUUAUUUGGUGUACACAAUCUCGAGAGGCAGUAGGAUAAUUUAAUAAAGGUCCAAUAUGAUAAAAUGUCUACUGUAUAAAUAUUCGUCUCGUCGAGAAUGUAACCUCCCAAAACCCGUAAUGUGAUAAAAUUGCCUUAUUGUUAAAACGUUUUUCGUAUUUAUAUAUUUCGUAAUGAAGAUUCCUAUUUAUAGUAAAAAUAUCUUUAAUCUUAAGUUUACAAAGUAAAUAUUUAUAAUUUAUAUUGUGCAUAACAGAUGGAAUGUUAAUUUAUGUUAAGGUUUUCGCAAUAAAUACAUCGUCAAAUGAA